UCCAGCACACAUUAAGAAUGAGAAGCAGGGGAGCGAUUGAAGCGAAUAAGGCAAAUAUAACAACUCAUUUUGACAGUGUGUGGCUCCAUAUUUACACCACAUCGAAAAUAAACUCAAAACAUGCGACGCAUCAGGUAAUCGAUACACACACAUACGCUCACAUAAAAACAGUCCAAUACUGCCGAAGUGAUCUCCCGAUCUGCAAGCGCCAAAAUACUGAUGCGGUUUAUACUAGCUCGUCACGAAGACAUUGGACAUUUCCUAUGAAAUUAAGUUGUAAACCUUUGGGUGUUGUUUUGAACAAUCCACGACAAACAGGCUAGUUUGAAAUCUAUCUAGGUCAUGUUCCCAGUCUUCGUGCUUGCCUUGUUUAUUGUAUUCACAAAAAAAUCGGUUUCACAGCAAAACACUGUAACUUGCGGCUCAGUGCUCAAACUAGUGAAUACUGAUUUCAAUGUGCGACUUCACUCACACCAGGUUCAGUAUGGUAGCGGGAGUAAGCAGCAGUCUGUUACCGCUGUAUCUGACGAAAUGGAUACCAACAGCUACUGGCAGGUUGUUGAACGUAAUGGUAGCCCUCAGUGUAAUCGAGGUAGAGUUAUAAAAUGUGGACAAAAAAUCAGACUCAUGCAUCUAUCAACUCAAAAAUAUCUUCACAGUCACCAUUUUCAGUCUCCUCUUUCUCCUAAUUAUGAAGUCUCUGCAUUCGGUGAGAAUGGAGUAGGCGAUGAAGGCGAUGAUUGGCAAGUUAUUUGUGAUGGUGCCUAUUGGAAGCAAUCGUCAAACAUUCGUUUAAAGCAUAUUUCUACGGAGGGAUACCUUCAUCUCUCAGGUAAACAAUAUAGUAGACCUAUAUCUGGACAAUAUGAAGUUUCUUCAACUCCAAAAUUAACUAAUGCAAUUACUUGGAUAGCUACAGAAGGUGUAUAUAUUGAUCCAGUGGAGUCUAUAAAUAAAUCAACCGGUUCAACAUAUAGCCAUGAUGAAUUCUAAUAUAUUUUUCUGUUUGAUCAUGUUAAUUUCUUGUAAAAGGAGGUCUUGCGUUAACCUCUGUGAAUAUUAACCGAUUUGUACAUUUCAGUGUUAAUACGAUUCUUUACCUUUCAAUUAAUGUGUUUAUUAAUAUGUUUAUGUGAGAUGCACAAUCCAAAUCUAUCUACAUCAAUAUCUUUGUGUAUAAAUAAUAUCCUGGUUUAACUGUAUAAACAAAAUCAUAUUUGUCUUUUUUGACAAAGAAGCAGGGAGGUUGAUUAUGAAUAUAAUCGUCUUGAGUGCUGUUAGAGGUAUAAGGACGGUUUUCAUUUCCCGAUUGCCCACACCGUGGGAGGGUUCUUCUGGAAGUACCUGAAAGGGAAAUUGGAUUAAAGGUGGUCUUAGUGACCUGAGAGCGAGACCGCAGUACCCAAGGGACAACUGCUUGAGGUCGGUCACACACGACCUUUUUGUAAGUAAUUUUCGUUUUAGGUCUUUACUUGUUGAGACCUUACAGUCGGAGACGGAUAUCUGUGAGAUAGGGCGAGAUAUGCACUUUUACGGUUGACUUUUUCUAACCUCACCACUGAUUGUGAGAAGGCAGCAUCACUGUUAUGCUGGUUGUCUGAGGGAAACACCUUACAACACCUUUGUACAGUCAGCAGUACGACUUAGCCUUCGAACCUUGGGUUUGCUGCUUUUAGUCUUACUGCUCUUCAACCGACUUGUCUGUCAAGGAGGACACCAACUUGUACGACUUUGACCGUGUGCCAAAGCAAUAACUCAUUAACUAGUACAAGCAACCUAGCGUCAACUUUGGAUCUUUUUUGGUCCUUCUUAGCAUUGCCUGUUUAGUUCAGAACACAAUUCCAGCCUCCAUUGUAUGAAUUGUAGUUUAUAUACAAGCAGAUCAGACCGAAUUCCACCAUAAAAUAAAGAUCAGGCCAAAAGUGGUUAUGAGUGUGAGAGACUGUAACUAAUAAUUUGAAAUAAAUCAUAUAAUAGUAGUCAAUAGCUCAAAUAUAAGGAAUAUAAAUAUACAUAGCAACAGUCUCUAAAUAGUCCCCAUAGUUUGUUCUUCGGAUACAACAAGAUCAGUUAUCACUAAUGUAGAAUUUAUUUGAACACAUAAAUAUUGGUACAAUAGAGCACCAAAUAUUUAUGCGCCACACAAAACAAUGAGAAUUUGAAGAGAAGAAAGAGAAAAAAAGUAAGGAGCGUAAAAAAACAAUAACGUACAGACUAGUGUAAGGUAAUGUAAUAAUAAUCAUGGGGGUAACGAAAAGGUACAACCAGAACAAAUCUGUCAGUUAAGGAAGAAGCAACCACUUUUUAUGAAGAAGGUUAUUUUCUGUAUACUUGAAAGGCAGGUUCUUUACAUGGUUGCCUCUAUGUGCAUCUACCAGUUCACUUGCUUUAGUGUAUCAAGAUACAUAGGUCACAAUCACUUACUGCUUUCAACUCGGAUUCUAGAACUUGCCUCACUGUGGUCAUAUAAGGGUGUGAUUUUAUUUAUUUGAACACAUAAAUAUUGGUACAAGAGGGCACCAAGUAUAUAUGCUCCACACAAAACAAUGGGAAUUUGAAGAGGAGAAGGGAAAAAGGUGAGGAGCGUCAAAAAAAAAUCACGAACAAAAUACGGUAAGGUAGUGUA